AUCUUCUGUAAAUGCAGGCAUGACGUUAGUCUACUUUUAGGUACAUUUUUUCAUCCACUUGUGAAGUAAGAUAAACAAGUGUACACCCUCAAUGACUGAUAUAAAACAAGUCACUCUUGUUAGUAUGGAUGGAGAAGAAUUUUUGGUGGAUCCAGAUGUCUUAUGUAUGUCGCAAUUGUUACAAAGUAUGAUUGAGGCAUCUGGAGUAGCGGAACCGAUACCUAUUCCCAAUGUGAAGGGAAAAACAUUAAAACGGGUUAUAGACUAUUGUGUCGCGCAUAAAGAAAAAAUACCUUUAGAAAUAGAGAAACCAUUGAAAUCUGCCAAUUUCGCACAAAUUGUUAGUGAAGAAGAUUAUAAUUUUGUUGACAUUGAUCAAGAAUCACUUUUUGAAUUAAUUUUGGCAGCGAAUUUUCUUAAUAUUAAACCGUUACUUGAUUUGACUUGUGGAAAAGUUGCUUCAAUGAUUAAAGGAAAAAAUGUUGAAGAAAUCAGAAGGCAAUUUAACAUAAUCAAUGACUUUACUCCCGAGCAAGAAGCUCAAAUCCGCGACGAAAAUAAAUGGUGCGAAAGUACAUAGUAGUCAAAUGCUAUAAAUUAAGCUUGCUUAUAAAAAGUAUUACUUGUUUGGUAAAUAAAAAAAAAUUUGCAUUGAUUUAGCCAUAUUCAUAAUAAGUAAAAAUAUACACGGAAAAAUUGCUAAGAUAAAAAAAUUCAACAAAACGUGUGUGUGUUAAU